UUGCAAGGGAAGCGAGGGCCGGGAGCUCGAAAUCAGGCAAAGAUGGAGCAGCACCUGUCCGUAGAGAACGCCACCCGCGCCGCCACGGCGUGGGCGGCCAGCCCGGUGGGUCUCCUGCUCCGCGCGGAGGCGCUGGUGACGGCCAGCUGCGCCCUCCUCGCCACGCUCGUCCUCCUCGGCUCCGGCCGCCGCACCAGCCGCAGCGCCGCCUUCCGCUUCGUGGUGUGGCUCGCGCUGGUGCUGAGCUACCCGGCGGUGUCCUACACCAUCGGGCUGAUGCAGUCCGGCUCCUUCCGCAACGACAUGGUGGUUGUGUGGGCCUGCUUUCUGCUCGGCUGCGCCGACGGCAUCGCCGCCUGCAGCGUCGACGGCUCCGACCAGCAGGCCCGCACCAUGAUCAGCCAGGCCACGCAGGUGUUCUACGUCAUGCUCCUCCUCCUCUCCUACCUCACUUCUCUCGAGGCCCGGCUCAAGGUGCUCCUCUCGCUGCUCUGGCUGCUCAACGUCACCAAGCUUGGGUUGCGGCUAUGGAGCCUUCUCGCCGCCGGCCGCGACCGCGUCCUCACCGCCGACAACUGGCUCAUCUCCAAGUACAUGGCUCACGAGAACGUCAGCAGCGUCUGGGACUUCGACCCGGCCACCAUGAAGGGCUACAGGUACGUGGUCACCGGCGACGACAAGAAGAACGUGGAGUAUCAGUACGGCGCCGGCGAGUACAAGGUGGAGUUCAGGGACGACGACCUCGUCACCGUCGAGAAAGCGUGGGAGCAGCACGACGGGAGCCUACUCAGCGAGGACGGCAAGCUCAGGGAUCUGUGCCUCUCCUUCGCCCUGUUCAAGCUCCUCCGGCGACGCCUCAACGGGAGCCCGCUCCACGAGCCUGGCGACAUCAGAACGAUGGUGUUCGUCCGGAGGGGGCUCGCCGGCGGCGACUCGUGCGACGACCACGAGAGGAUGUACCGUGUCAUCGAGGUGGAGCUCGGCUUCCUCUACGACUUCUACUACGCGAGGUACCCGUCGCCCAAGCAGACCCUCAUCCCGGAGACGGCCACUUUCAUGGCGGCCGCCGCGCUGAGCCUUUCCACCCUCUUCUCCCCGGCAUUGCUGCACCACCACCGUCCUCCGGGCGGAUCCGUCGACUACACCACCACCAGCCUCGACAUCUGGCUGGCUAGGUUGGUGAUCACCCUGUUCCUUCUGCUCGAGCUCUUCCAGUACCUGUCGCUCGUCUUGUCCGACUGGCACAAGGUGAAGAUGCUGUGCCGCUAUGUGCGCCACCGGCCAUGGUGGCGGCGCCACCGGAUCUUGGAGAUGCUCCUAUGGCUGGCAUGCCGCGCCACGCUGACGCGCAGCUACUGGAGCAACUCGGUGGGGCAGUACUCGCUGCUCCACGCCUGCCACCACAGCGAGAGCUCCUGCCUCCUCACGCGCGUGCCACUCCACAGGUGGGUCAAGGACCGGCUGAUCGCGACGAGGUCGGUGACGCGGCGGAGCCUCCCGGCGGCGGCGAAGCGCCAGAUCCACCGGCUGCUCCGGUCGGAGUGGCUGUCCAACGUCAAGUACGGCGACCGCACGCUGCAGAGGAACGACCUGCUGCAGGAGCUCGACUGGUCCACCUCCAGGUACGAGUUCGGCGCCAUGGGCAGCAUCCUGGUCUGGCACAUCGCCACCGCGAUCUGCGGCGACGACGACGACCACCUGUCCAAGACACGGCCACGUACUACUGACAACACCAUCGUCGCCGACCGCCGCGAGGUGGCCACCGUGCUUUCCAACUACUGCGCUUACCUGCUGUUCCAGGCGCCGGAGCUGGUGACGGACGAGGUCCACGACGAGCGGCUGCUGAUGGAGGCCGUGCAGGAGGGAAUCCAGAACCACCUCCGGCGACACAAGGGUCACCACCACCGCCGUCGUGACACCGCCGCCACCAUGUUCGCCGGCCUGCGCGAGUUCGUGCGCAGCGACGAGGCCAACUACGCCGGAGAGUGCGUCCUGGCCGACGGCAUAAGGCUGGGGCACCAGCUGCUCUCGGGCAUGCCCGACGAGGCGGCGCGGUGGAGCGUGCUCGCCGAGAUGUGGGUGGAGCUCCUGCUGACGGUCGCGCCGUCGGAGAACGUGGCGGGCCACGUCAAGAGGCUGGCCACCGGCGGCGAGCUCGUCACGCACCUCUGGGCUUUGCUGACGCACGGUGGGAUGAUCAAAAGGCCCGCCAAACCGUUCUAUGGCUCAUGCUGAAGAGACUUGCUCCAGUACAGCAAAAAUAUCUCGAGGCAUCAAAUCACUUUUUAUCAAUAGAUCUAGCUAAGUAGGAUAUGUAAUAUUAAAUUCAACGAUAAAAAAUGAUUUGGUAACUCGAGGUAUUGAUAGCUCGAGGUAUCUUUUAUUGGAUUGAAACAAAUCUCCCCGCGGAAAGCUGACAUCGAUGCAUCACCUAACCAAAGAUUGCUACUCCACUAGCUUAGGAUUAGGAAAAUUUUGUGUUAACCAUCCCACGUUUUGGGGGAUGUAUGCAAUUUGCAAUCUUAAGGUAGUGAUUUAUUUGUAUCCAUUUUGCAAUUUUUGAAGCACAGCUUUAGU